AUGGUGAGCACUGUGCUCAAGAUUACAAGUGGAGGCCAAAUCUUUCGUGUGCUGUUCGAGAAGAGCCCGGACGAGUUGGACUAUGAGGCCGUGAAAGCAGCAGCAGCUGACCUCUGCGGCCUUGACUCGCGGUCUAGGUAUUUGGACCAAGACGGAGCUUCUGUAGUCUUGUCGGAGGAGACUUUCCGGACCUUCCAGACAACAGCCACAAGGUCCACCCACAGUGCUUCUGUGAUGCUUCUCCGAUUGAAUGUGGUAGAAAUCGAGACACCAAAGACUUCCGCAUGGCAGGAGGAUCUUCGUGACCUCGAUGAGCUAUUGGCGCAGUUCGACGAGCCUGACAAGCGCAACAGGAAGAAGCGCAAGAAGCGAAUGGCCAAGACGAAGUCCCAGACCAGAAAUUCCAACAUGGAGGCGUCGGGAACGCAAAGACCUCUACCUCCACAAUCUCUGGAGGUGGAGAUUUCGUACAGCUCCACAACGGCCAUUGAGGACUUGAGUCAGAUGGAGAUGCAAACAAGUCAGCCACCUCAAGUGGACAUUGGCGUGUCGGACGUGGAUGACGACUCGGUCUGUGGACUCGCCGUGGACAAUCGCGACGAGGCUUCAGACGAUGACGUCCUUGUCCGAGCGGCUUCGUGCCCGCCAACACUUGGUGAGGAUCUUGUCGCCGAGGUUGACCGCCAAGACGAGGCCAGCCAGCUAUGGCCGGCAACACCCGAGUCCACUCCGCCACAAUCUCCUCGCGCUGUUGUGUGGGUGCCUGCCGUUCCGGUAUUCAUGUGGCAGGCUGUUCCGAUUGACUUCGACCACUGCAAUGAAGUGGAUUGCCCGGUGGACUGCGGCUGGGGUGUUUGGAGUGAUUGGAGCCACUGCACGGCAUCGUGUGACGGUGGUACACGGCAGAGAGGUAAGCCCAUCAAGGUGCAGAACAACAGCCUCGGAAAGCCAUGCAACAUGGCAGAAGGCAUUCAGGUGGAGGACUGUGGCACCAGCCCAUGUCCGCGGGACUGCACAUGGGCGGACUGGACCAAAUGGGGUGAGUGCUCCACAACCUGUGCUGGUGGAGUAAAGUUGCGGAGCAGGUCCAUAGCAGAAGCUGCUAUUGCCGAUGGCAAAAAAUGCGAAGGAGCCACUCAGGACGAGGAGGUCUGCAACGUCAAGGCCCGACAGCAUGAUUGCGUACUUGCAGACUGGAGCAACUGGAAAGCCUGUUCGGUGACUUGCGGCAACGGCACAAGUCUGCGAGAGCGCAAAGUCUUGGUGAAAGAGGAAGGCGGUGGCCGACCGUGCAGUGAACCGUUGGAGGAGGAGGUGCCUUGCACAGAAAAAGUUUGCCCGGUGGACUGCAGUUGGGGCGAUUGGUCAGACUUGUGGGAGCAACGUCUCUUUGUGGGCUACGAGCACAAGGAAGAGGUUAUGCUGAUUGGGAACAGUGGUCCGAAUGCAGCCGGCCAUGUGGUGAGGGGACCGCGCCACUGGCAGAUUGGAACCGAGCUGAUGGAAGCAGCGUUCCGUCGCUGUUCCGCAAUUGGCUUGUUUGUCCACGUUGUCACAACGGCGGAGUUGAUCCGGAAAGGCUAUGCAUCGCAAAUCACUGGUGCCAUGCACAUCAUCACCGAAGAUCCUGUAAAUUAUGCGGCGAAUCCCUUGGUGGAGCAGGUGAGUCGCGAGGCAUUGGCGGAGUUCGCGGAGUUGCCCGUGCGACGUGUCCAUGUGUCGAUGAUGCCGGAUACCAUGAAGCCCCGGGAUGUGGUCAACUGGUUCAGCAUGCUCGUUCCGAACUCCACGAACCUGACAGCAGUGCUGGACUAUAUUUCAAAGAAGGAUCUGACAUAUGCCGGGCGAAUCCUGCGCAACAAGCUUCGGCGAGUAGGUGUGCUCAUACUCGUCAAUAUCUCCAAACUGUACGUGAACGCACAUGGCCACAAGGAAACGGACUCAACCGUGUUGGUGAAUACUACUACAGGUGCACCUCUGCCGGCAUGGAAUAAUCCGAAUGCCACGCGAUUGACUGGGGUGGUGAAGAUGAUUGUACCGGAACCCCUGAAGUUCGCAGAAGACCUGAAAACCAAAGAGGCAACUGAACAGUUGCUCGCAGAGCUGUCUGGGAUUGCCAAGCCAGGUGUACGUGCAUCACUCAUUCCAGACCAGGUUUACCGUUACGAGGCUGAGUUUGGUGAGGACGCAGAUGCAGCCGAAAGCCAGGCUGCGAAGCGAAAGAUUCCCAGCGACUCGAUUCGAAACAAGAGUGGCGAGGACCUCAAGGCAGUCACCGUCAGGAACAACCUACUUCUCGAAGCGGCCGGUCGCCUCGAUGCCCAGACCAAGGUCAUCCAGAUUCUUGCGAAAGCUGACGGAGACCAGGAGGAGGUCGAAGAGAAUGUCCUUGAUCAAGCUCCUGGGCAAGUACGCGUGACCGGGGUCGUUGAGAUGGUAACGGACUACCCGAAAUCCUUCUCUGCAGACCGCCGCUCUGAAGAGGUGCCUCCGGAAACACCGUUGGAUGACAAGGAUGCCUUCAGCAACGAAGUCUCUGCCUGGUUUGUCAUCACCGUCCCGCCGAAAGACGAACGAACACCCGAUGAAAUUGCUGAGAAGCUCCGUGACCAGGACUUGACGAUAGCUGGCCUCAAAAUUCAGAACUGCAUCAUGGAUGAGGGCCUGGACUUGAGUGUCAAGGUCGGCCGCAUCACUGCCAUGGUCCAGACGACGACCACAACCACCCUGGGCACUGGGGUGAUCAAGAAGGUAGAUUUUCAUGGAGACACUGGCCCAGAAGGUGCUACAGACAACAAGACCUCUGCUGCAGCCGCCGCUGCAGCUGCCAAAACUGUGCCUGGCUCUUCCUCAGUGGUCGGGGCAGAUGCCUCCACUCCGGCGAAAGUGAUUGCGGUGGUUGCUGCCGUCUCCCCCAACGAUGUUGAGCCGCCUACCAUGUCUAAUCCAGGUUCUUGCACUGCUGACGGCUGGCUUGGUGCAGCAGCAUGUGGCGUGAUCGCCUCAAAGAAGGUCAAGCAAAGGCUUCAGAAGCGAAAUGCCGUGCAACCAUGCAAGACUGCAGCGACCGGAGGUGGCACAGAUGCCGCCAAGGACAUUGAAAAGGGCACACCAGAUCCCGCAGCGGUAGCCAGCAAUGCACUGAGCGACGUUGUCCAGCUUUGUGACAAGAUUCGGAUCCAGCCUGAGCUCCGCAUGUGGACGGUCCUUGAGUCAGAGGCGCAGCAGGGCGCGACAAUGAAGGAACUGGAAGAUCGCGUGGAUGGCAUAUUGAAGCUGUCCAAAAAUGCGGCUUGGCUUCAAGCAGUGCGUCUGCAAGAGGGCCGCCGCGGCCGCGGUUUCGACGUUGCGCGAGUCGGCAGCGCCUUCCUCCUCGGAGGCCGCGGAUAUCCGACAUUGCAAGUCAUACCAGUGCACUUCUCGAGUUCGAGUGGCCACGUCGGCGUCUUGCUGCCCAGGCGGACUCCGAGCUCCUCGAACCGCAGCGGCAGCACGGACCGCGACGCCGAGCAGAGCAGAGCGGAGGCGGCGGACAGCAUGGCGAGCGCAUGGCGAGUGCAGGGCGAGCGCGAAGAGCAGAGCCGAGAGCAGAGCGGCGGUGGCUGCGCGUGGCUUCGCUUUGCUUCUCGAGGAGCUGCCCGGAGCCGUGGCGUUGCCGCCCGACCGCCUGCUGGGGAAGGCGCCAGCGGAGCGCACGCGGAGCGCGCGCUGUCAGCGCGCUCCUCUUUGUGUCCUUCGGAGGCGCCCUUGCCGCCGCCUUUGCCUCCUGCAAAUCUCGAGCCGAUUGGGGACGAGGCCGGCCAUCCCAGGCUUCAGAACUGCAUGAGCAUGAAGAGCAUGAAGUGGCAUAAGGUUUGGACCGACCGACAGGCAAUGCGCUGUACUCGAUCCUCCAGAGAAAUGUCUCGCAUUUGUAGACGAGGACGAGUCACAGCGCAAUUCCAUUGUGACCUUGCAGAGGCGCAGACCACGGAGCUACAUCGACAGCUGCGGGACACGCGGCAGCAGUCUGCAGAAGCCAUCCUGAGGCUCCAGAGCCAGGUGAAAGAGCUUUCUGGAAACUUGGCAGAAGCUCGCCAUCAGGAGCAGCAGUGGGCCAGCAUUGCAAAGCAUCAGCGCGCGUACCUGCAACAAAGUGAACGCAUCUCGCAAGAAGGGAUGCAAAUCCUGAGGCGGCAUCCUGCAGGUCUCCACCUGAAGCGUCAGAAGCAGAGCGGAGAGGAGCUUGCGUUAGGGAUUGUGGCGGAAGUCUUUGGAGCCGAGGUGGUGGCAGUUCUCAUUGCAAUCCCUACGUCAUCGAUUCGUGGCCGUUCGUCGGUGCCGCCCAAUCUCAACCACUGGGAGGAAGGCGACGAGGACUAUGAUGAUGUGGAUGAGGAUCUGGACGAGGAUGAGCAUCCCCACUGGCAAUGGGAUGAGCAGGCGGAUCCGGAUGAGGACACUUCAAGCCUGGAGCCAGAACGGAUGAAGGCUCCGUCAGCGUGUCGAGGCCAGAGACUCAUUCCUCAUUCCUUUUCCUUCGCCCCGCACCGCAGCACUGUCGGCCGAGGCUCAACCUUGCCGCCAUUGACCGUGGAUACCUUGGCAAGUGCAUGGCUGCAUGAGUGA